GUGAAGUGUUAUCUUACAGGCAGCGUGCGAUCCGGAGGGACAAAGAGCCAGGAUGAUUCUGGCCACGCUGAAGGGCUUCGGGAAGCAGCUGCUGCGUGUCAAGGUGGUGGACUACAACACCGAGGACUCACGUCUCUCCCGAUGUCUCAACACCUUCGACCUGGUGGCUCUCGGGGUAGGCAGUACUCUGGGAGCUGGGGUGUAUGUCCUGGCCGGGGCCGUGGCCAGAGAGAACUCUGGUCCAGCCAUUGUCCUGUCCUUCCUCAUCGCAGCGCUGGCCUCGGUGCUGGCUGGUCUGUGUUACGCUGAGUUUGGGGCCCGCGUCCCCAAGACGGGCUCGGCCUACCUGUAUAGUUAUGUUACUGUUGGAGAGCUCUGGGCCUUCAUCACCGGAUGGAACCUCAUCCUCUCUUACAUUAUAGGAACCUCUAGCGUGGCUCGGGCAUGGAGCGCCACAUUUGAUGAGCUGAUUGGUCGACACAUCGAGCAGUGGUGCCGGGUCCACAUGGCGAUGAAGGCCCCAGGGAUCCUGGCUGAAUACCCAGACAUGUUCGCUGUCAUCAUCAUCAUCAUUCUCACAGGCCUACUAGCGUUUGGAGUGAAGGAGUCAGCCAUGGUGAACAAGGUGUUCACUUGUAUUAAUGUGUUAGUACUGGUGUUCGUGGUCAUCUCAGGGCUGGUCAAAGGAACUGUAAAGAACUGGCAUCUGAACCCCGAUGAAAUCCUCAACAUCACUGUCAACGCAACACUGAAUAUGACAGAGUCCUUGCCAUCGAAGGAGAGUCUGGGUCAGGGAGGCUUCAUGCCGUUUGGCUUUACUGGGGUCCUGUCUGGAGCAGCAACCUGUUUCUAUGCCUUCGUAGGCUUUGACUGUAUCGCCACCACCGGUGAGGAGGUAAAGAACCCACAGAGAGCCAUCCCAAUCGGAAUCGUAGCCUCUCUCCUCAUCUGUUUCGUGGCCUACUUCGGAGUGUCUGGUGCCCUCACCAUGAUGAUGCCCUACUAUAUGUUGGAUAAGAACAGUCCUCUGCCUGUAGCCUUUAAACACGUAGGCUGGGAGGGAGCCACCUACGCUGUGGCUGUAGGGUCACUGUGUGCUCUGUCCACCAGCCUGCUAGGCUCCAUGUUCCCCAUGCCUCGUGUCAUCUGGGCCAUGGCUCAGGACGGACUCCUCUUCAAGAGUCUGGCCCAGAUCAGCGACCGAACCAAAACCCCUCUAAUCGCUACAGUAACCUCUGGAAUGGUGGCAGCGGUGAUGGCCUUCCUGUUUGACCUGAAAGACCUGGUUGAUCUGAUGUCUAUCGGCACCCUGCUCGCCUACACCUUGGUGGCAGCCUGUGUUCUAGUACUCAGGUACCAGCCAGAGCAAUCCAGUAGGGCCUAUCGGAUGGCUUCCACGCUGGACGAGCCAGAAACCUUAGAGUCCAUUAACGAGGGCAGUGUGGGGAUCCUGCCGGGAGCAGAGGAGGUGUUCUGUGCCAAAAACCUGUUGUUCCCUCACAACACAGAACCCAACAACCUGUCUGGCUUCGUAGUCAACAUCUGUACCAGUACAUUAGGAGUGUUGGUGUGUAUCUUCUGUGUGGUAGCAGUGCAGGGAGGCUUUGCUUCCUGGUCUGUCUCUCUACUGAGCCUCAUAUUUACAGCCUGUCUGGCAGUCACUCUACUGGUCUGGAGACAGCCUGAGAGCAAGACCAGUCUCUCCUUCAAGGUGCCCCUGCUUCCCUUCCUCCCAGUGGCCAGUAUGUUUAUCAACAUCUUCCUGAUGUGUCAGCUGGGCCGAGGAACCUGGAUACGCUUCUCUUUCUGGAUGAUCAUAGGUACACUACAUUUAUCU